GGUUCUCUGCCCACAAGGAUGUAUACAGGAUCUACAGUGUGAGUUCUGCCACAGGAGGAACAGGUGGCACAGAUGUUUGUCUCCCUCCACAGGAGCACAGAGGAGAACACUCUCACCAUGUUCAAUGACAGUGACUGAAUACACACUGUCAUCUGACUGCCAUUAAACAACACAGACAGAAGGUGGAGGCUGGAAAGAAGGACUGGCGUUGAGUUCCACCAUGUUUUCCAACAACAGCACAGAGUCUGAUUCUAGGUCGGAGCUGUCAGCCAAAGACAUCAGCCAGAAGAAGCUCUCCGUUACUGCGUCCAUCAUCUCCAUGACAGUGGGCAUCUUGUCCAACAGCCUGGCCAUCUUUAUCCUGGUCAAAUCCUACAAGCGCAUCCGAAUCAAGUCCAGGGCGUCCUUCCUGCUGUUCGCCAGCGGCCUGGUGGUCACUGACCUGUUGGGUCACCUCAUCAACGGCUCCUUGGUACUUUCUGUUUACAGCUUUAACAAGAAAUGGAAGACCUUUGACCCUCAGGGCAUUGUGUGCAACACCUUUGGAGCUUCCUUGGUGUUCUUCGGUCUCAGCCCCUUGUUCCUGGGCAGCAUCAUGGCAGUAGAGCGCUGCAUCGGGAUCACCAAGCCGAUUUUCCACUCCACUGUGUUCGCCCACCACCACAUGAAAAAGCUGCUGGUUCUCACCUGGACUCUGGUUGCAGUCGUGGCCUGGCUGCCUGUGAUGUUGGGGAGGCCCUACAAGGUCCAGAUAUCCAGAAGCUUUUGCUUCUUCCAUCUGCAGGAACCCAGUGACUGGGUGGACGUCUUCCUGCCGCUGCUUUUCUCUGUACUUGGCCUGCUCACUCUGCUCAUCUCCAUUUUGUGCAACACUGUGACCAGCUGCGCUCUGCUGCGCCUCCGACUGUGUAAAAAGCGUCGGAGCAAUGGAACUUCCUACCAUAUAGAGAUGAUCUGCCAGCUCCUGGCCAUCAUGCUGGUUUCCUGUAAUUGCUGGGGACCGUUACUCAUUCACGUGAUCGUUGAGAGCGCUAAAACCAGACACGACCCCACCUCUCUCACUCUGCUGACCGUGAUACGUAUGGCCACCUGGAACCAGAUUCUGGACCCCUGGGUAUACAUCCUGCUGCGGAGGGCUGUUCUGAGGAAAAUCUUCACCUUUAUCCACUGCUGCUGGGGCCCAAAGAUGAGGGAAACUCACCGCUGGCAGUGCAACGCACUCCGCAGCUCUCUGGAUACCAGCACCUCUGGAAACACGCAGGUUUUGUGCCACUGCAAUGGAACGUUAGCUCCUUCAGAUGUGGUGAUUAAAUCCAUCACCUGAGAAAUCAAAUGUAUUCUUAGAAAGGAUUAACAUUAUUUAAAUACUAUAACAUGUAGAAACCAUGUGCAAGAAGCCUCUUUGGUAACCCAUCACGAACCACUGUAUUUGAAAACUAUAACAUGUAUAUCAUUUUUGUAAAUUAUUA